AAUAAAUUUGCACACAAAAGUGGGCGUGAAAGAGAAAGACAGAGGGCCAGGGAGAGGAUAUUUACCAUUACAAACCAUGGCGAGCAGUGCAGACCAUAUCAUGCAAGAUGUGAGUUACAUUGACUUGCAUUGUGAGAAGAAUAACCGAGAUCACCGAACUGCUGAGAUCAGCACCAAGCGACUGAUAGUCAGGCGUGGACAGCCCUUCGAGAUCACAGUGCAAUUUAACAGGAAUCAAUAUGAUCCAGACAAUGACAAAUUUAAACUUGUUGCUCAAACAGGGACUAACCCUUCAGAGACUUCAGGAACUAAAAUCCUGUUUCCGCCAUCGGACACAAUAAACAAAAAGAGAUGGAGUACAGUUGUUGUCUCCUCGUCCAGGAUCAGUUUGUCACUAAUUAUAAGCACAGCACCAAAUGCUAAGAUUGGUUGUCACACCUUAGCCCUGCAGAAAGUAACUGUGGAUCAGACUCUUAUCUAUCCACUUGGGGAGUUUGUCGUACUUUUCAAUCCAUGGUGCUCAGAGGAUGAAGUCUUUAUGAAUGAUGCUGCGCAGCUAAACGAGUAUGUGCUAAAUGAGCAAGGAAUUAUCUUCACGGGUUGCACUGAAUACAUUCAACAUCUGCCAUGGAACUUUGGACAGUUUGAAGAAGAUAUUUUAGACAUCUGCCUUAAGUUACUAGACAAUAGUCACAAACAUCUGAAAAACCCAGCGAAAGAUUGUGCACGCAGAAGUUCACCUGUUUACAUCUGUAGAAUAGUGUCUGCUAUGAUAAAUUGUAAUGAUGAUAAUGGAGUACUCUUUGGCAAAUGGGAUGAUCCAUAUACUGAUGGAGUGUAUCCAGGGAAAUGGAAUGGAAGUGUUGCCAUUCUUCGUCAGUGGAACCACAGUGGCUGUCAGCCGGUUUGCUAUGGGCAGUGUUGGGUGUUUGCAGCUGUAGCCUGCACAGUUCUGAGGUGCUUAGGAAUUCCAACCCGUGUUGUUACAAACUUUGAAUCUGCUCAUGACACCAAUGGAAACUUAAUCAUUGAGAGUGAGUAUGAUGAAGAAGGAAUGGAACUGGGCAAAUCAGAAGAUAGUAUAUGGAAUUUCCAUGUUUGGGUAGAAUCUUGGAUGGCAAGAUACGAUUUGAGAACUGGUAAUGAUGGAUGGCAGGCACUUGACCCAACGCCACAGGAGAAAAGUGAAGGAGUAUUCUGCUGUGGGCCAGCCCCAGUGAAAGCCAUCAAAGAGGGGGAGACAGACAUAUGCUACGAUGUUCCUUUCAUAUUUGCUGAAGUCAAUGCAGAUUGUGAGACUUGGGUCUAUUCUAAAAAGGGGAAAAAGAUGAAAAUUGACUCUAAUACAAGACUUGUUGGCCAGUACAUCAGCACCAAGUGUGUUGGCAGCGAUGACCGUGAGGAUAUCACAGAAAAUUACAAAUACCCUGAAGGCUCUGAAGAAGAGAGAAGAAUUUUUCAGUUGGCUGAAAAAAGAAGAGUCCCUUUGAAGCCAGAAAAGCAACUUCAGUUGAGUUUGAAGACCAAUGAUCCAGUUUAUAAUGGAACCACUGUUAAAGUGUCUGCGGUCAUUUCCAACAAGAAUUCAACAAAAAGAAUCUGUAAACUCAAAAUUAAUGCCAUGAAGAAGAAAUACAAUAAAUCAUCAAGAGGGGAAUGUAUAAAGAAGUAUCAGCAGGAGAUAUAUGUUGCAGGCCAUAAAGAUAAAACAGUAGAGAUGGAAAUGUCUUAUCAAGAGUAUGGUGAACUGCUUGAUAAGUAUAAUCUAAUCAGGUUGACAGCUCUUGUAUUUGACGCAGCGACAAAUGAAAGUGCGUUCAUACUAAAGGACAUCUCUUUGAUCAAUCCUAAAAUCUCAAUUCAGGUCCGAGAUGUCCCCGUGCUAUCCCAAAAGGUGAUAAUUGUAAUCAGUUUUGAGAAUAUCUUGCCUGUGGAGCUGACCAAUGGUGUCUUCACACUUGAGGGCGCAGGUUUGGUUGAUGGUCAGAUGGAAGUAGGGCUUGGGACGUUAAAUCCUGGAGAAGUGAUUACAAAGGAGAUUUCAAUUAUUCCUAAGAAAAUUGGGCUGAAGAAACUAACUGUGGAUUUUGACAGUGAUAAUUUGAAGGAUGUAAAAGGAUACGCAAAUAUUGAUGUUCAAGAUGGAGAAAAAUGAUCCAACAAGAUCUUGGAAUCCCCACUGGUAGUACAAAUCUAUUAGCAUGCAGUCUUAUAUAAUGUUGCAGAUUUGUAGUUUAGUUUUGUCUGUCAAUCCAUUAAAAGUUCUAGUUCAGAGAUCAAAAUGUUCUUUUCUCUUUGAGGGCUAAUUUUGAGAUAUUAUCUAGAGCUACUUUUUGAUUUUUAAGUCCAUUUUUAUUGUCACUAACUCCUUUAUUACAUGAUGCAGUCACAUUGUAACAUUAUUUUCUAUAUUGAUGAUAAGUUUUUAUCACAGAUUUUUUCUUUAGAUGGCCAAGAUAACACAAAUGCCAAAUGGAAAGCCUCCAUAACAGAUGGCAACUGAUUCAAUCUUCCAAAAAAGGAUCAAAGAGAUCAACAUGCUAACCAUGUUUAAUUCUAGAUUAAAAAUGAAUGAUGCAGAGUAAUGCCUAGAGACUAGAUAGUGGCUUAGUGAAUAUGUUUUCUGCCCUUGAUUUUUAACUUAAAAUUUUUUUCUAAAUCUUGGUGUGGAGUGAAGUCCUGAAAACAACAAAUGCUGGAGAUCACAGCGGGUCAGCCAACAUCCAUAGAGUAAGCUAAUAUUUAGAGUCUAGAGUAAUUUGCUCGUACAAUGUGGAGUGAAGUCACUUGGUUGUCUGUUGUUUCAAUAGAUCUUUAUCUUCGAUGUUAUAAUGCUCUCUGCAGACUUCAUUAAUCUGAAUGUUAAGUUCAACAUAAUUGCUCCUCUGCUUUCAAACUUUCUGCAGAGCCCAGAUCCAGCGCUGAUAUAUUACAGUUAAUUGGUCCCAUAUAUCACGGACUUCUUUUGCUGAUAUUGAUACAACAUUCACCAGGGAGCUGGGUAGCAUUCUAUCCAACAUGACACACGUAACAACUAUUUUUCAUCAUUGUGGAAUACUUUAACAUUAUAACUACGUUAAACCAAGUGUUUAUGACAAUUACUUUUCUUUCACUGGAUCAGAAAUAGAAUAUACCCACAUAUUGAAUGUGACUCUGCUUUUAGUUUUACAAUGUCUUUCAAGAAAUAAUAAAAUUGACUUAAUGACAAAA